GCAACAGCUGACAUUUGUACACGGCGUGAGGUUACGUCGCUUUUGGUUAAGAAAAUUGAGAAAGUCUGUAUUAAAACAGCAACUGCGGCUGCAUAUUAAUUAAAAAGCAUUAAAUAUGUCAAAUAGUCAUCUGUUUCUUAAAUCCGGUUUUCCGCGCGCACCCCUACAAAAUGGUCUCGGCCGCUAUGUCUGCCAGCUGCAGCGCCUCACACUGAAGUUCUGCAAGAACAACGGCUCCAGCCGCGGCAUGCGGGACUUCAUUGAAAACCAUUUGGUGGACUUUGCCAAGGAGAAUCCCGGCAUUGUAGUCUAUGUGAAACCACGACGCCAUCGUACACCUGUUCUCGUGGGCGAAUACUUGAAUGGUGAUCGCGAAUGGCUGAGCUGCCGGAACAGCACACAGGCUGAGAUAACCAAAUGGAUUGAGCUGCUGAAGACUCAAAACGGCAGCUCCAGCUCGUUGCGCCUGCGCAAAAUGUGGCACACAGAUGUGCCGUCCAUACAAGGAGCCUGGACGCCUUUUCUGCUGCGAUCGCCCGAUGCAAACAGCCAAAACUACCCCAGCACCGAAGCAUCGCAGCCGUUCGAUGUGCCACAAACGGCCACAGAGAAGCUCAUCGAGCUGUUCAAGCAGCAGAAACUGGAGGCAGGCGAUAUGUUGGAGCAGAAACGCGCCGAGUGAAGUUGUUAGGCAAAUAAAGUAAGUCAUUAGUUGAGUUUUAUAAUAAUCA